AUCCAAACUCUUGCAAACACAAGAGCAUCGCGUGUGACAGAGUUACCGUUCCAGUCUGCGUCGUGGUUUCGUCGUGCGUGCAUCAUGGAUGAGCACCUCCUAGCAAUGCUUGGCGCCAACCUUACGGAGGCUCUGGCAGCAGCAAACGUUAACGGCAGUUGCUCCUUGGGCGGCGGCAACGCGUCCUCUGGCUGCGUGAACCUGACCAGCCUGUGCCCUCAGUGCUUCCCUGCCUACGAGGAGGAGAGCGCGUCGGUGAUCACCCGGUGGGUGCUGGGGGCCCUGUACCUGGUCAUCAUGCUGGUGUGCGGCGUGGGGAACGCGCUGCUGCCGGCCGUCCUGGCGAGGUUCAGGGAGGCCAGGACCACCACCAACCUGCUGAUCGGGAACCUGGCUCUGUCCGACUGGCUGGUGGCCGUGUUCCGCCUGCCCUUCGCCUUCGACUACUACGUGGUGAGGAGCAGGUCCUGGCAGUUCGGCGAUUUCAUGUGCGGGGCCGUCAACUACCUGAACAGCGUGUCCCUGUACGUGUCCACGCACGCGCUACUGGUCAUCGCUCUCGACAGAUUCAUGGUCGUGAAACAGUCGGGGUCCUUACGCGUGACCAGACGACGCUUGAUCCCCAUCUUCUCCGCUGUCUGGCUCUCGGCCAUCUUGCUCGCCAUCCCGUCCGCCGUCUUCUCCAAGACGGCCGAGUUUCUCAACGGCGACAUCUUCUGCGCCGUCAGCUACCCCAUCUGGCACCGGCGGCUGUACCAAGGGUUCACCCUCAUCCUGUUCGCGGGAGAGUACGUCCUACCCGUCUGCCUCAUGUGCGCCUGCUACGCCUACAUCGGGUACCGCGUCUGCAACCGCCGCUUCCCGGGCCACCGCAACCAGUCCCAGGACAGGUCCCGCCGGAGGUCCCGCCGCAAGACGGUCCGGCUCGUCGUCCUCGUCGCCGCGUUCAUCGUGUGCUGGGGCCCGAUGUACUCCUUCACCAUCAUACGGGACUUCUCGUACGACCUGAUCUCGCACGUGAGCCACAGCACCGCCAUCGUGUACGUUCUGGACGGGCUGGCCAUGAGCAACAGCGUCAUCAGCACCGUGGUGUACGUCUUCGCCAACGACAACGUCAUGAAGCACGUCUACAACCUGCUGAACAAGACGUUCUUCGGGCGGCUGGUCGAGAGAUCGGGCAGGGGGCCGAACGCUUCCGCUACCCGGAGAGGCUGCCCGCCGACUUCGUCCAGCGCCUUGGGGACCCCAUUCAGUUUGCGGGGAAGAAGACAAUCCAGAAACGCGCCAGAAAUACAAUUCAUGACUACCACCGUGUGAUGACCGUCGGUCGUACAUGUAACGCGAAAGAGGGCGACGUAUGGAUAAACUUGUUGACAUUUAUGACUCAUUAUAGCCUUUAAUGGAUAUUUACGCUGUUAGGGUGCUGUGCACCUUUUCGCGCGUAAUGGCCGUCGGUCGUACAUGUAACGUGAGAGAGUGCGACGUAUGGAUAAACUGUCAACAUCUAUGAUUCGUUAUAUAAUCUCCAAGCAGAUCUUACGGUGCC